AUACAGUACUUGACCGACAUGACUCUCGGUCUACAUCCCAACCCGAUCGGCGCAGCACUUCGGCUACAACCGGGGCUAUGUCGUUUCAAUUCGUCGACAGGAGAAUGUGACCAGCUGGCCUGCAUGAGGCCAUUGUUGGUUGGAACGAAGAGGCAGCCUCGUGGCUUCGGACGCUUGAUAAGAAGCGGUGGACGACCUGCUGAUUGUUUGUCAUGUAAAAUUACAGAUACUACACCAGAACUCACUUCGACGACGACAUAUAAACGCAACUCAACGAUAUCAGCCACCACGUUGGAUAGUGUUAUUCCUCCAAACGCGCGCCCCCCCUCACGCCAACAACAGGUACUGCGAUCGGAACAACACUCUCCUUGCGCGAACUAUCAGUACAUUCCUAAUAUGGAGCAUACAACCACAAUCAACAGCCUAUCAAAAAUGGAAGCAUUUGUAUUGUUGAAGAAGUAUGGCCCAGAAGCCUUGCUCAAAGCGGUAUCAAAGAACUAUGUUGGGUUGGCGCAAACAAUCUCGGGCGUAUUUACAGACCACAAUGCGAGGCAGACCUUUGAAGAGCAACGCAAAGUAUAUGAGGCCAUUAAUAAAGCCAUUCCGGAACUCUUGAAAUUGAUCGAGUCCAAGGAAAUUCGGGUUGUGCAGAAUGCGUUCAACUCAACCCCCGCAUUCGUCAGUGUGUUUCAAUCAACGGCACUCAUCGCUAUUGGGCUUGCAAUCUUGGAUCUCAAAAAUGCCAUAAAUAGAGUAGGUUCAGCACUCGAGGGGAUUCGAUCUGAGCUUACUCUAGGGAAUGUUGAGAAGAUACAGGGGUGGGGUGAAGGUGAUUUUGGGUGGCAUGUGCAUCGUUUCGUACAGGAUGAGAUGGCAGCUUUCUCCGAUCCUGAGGAGCACCAUUUCUUUUACGUGUGGAACCCCGAUCCGGAUUGGUAUCCUAGAUUUGAAGAGCAAAAUCUGAGUACUCCUCUCGGUCCAAAUUUUGGAGGAUACCACACUGACCUUCCCACACUCUGUCUGCGAAUGAGCGUUGAUCGGACGACGCUGGCGAACACGACGACUUAUGGCCGAGACGCAGUGUUUCAUCUCUUGUGCCCCGCAUUUCAGCCAGUUGUUAUUGAACAAAAAAUUGUCUUCCACGAUACCUUGUUCCCGCUGGUCAUUACAGGGCAGCAACAUCGGGGCUUUAAAUUUGUGUGGUUCUUUAUCCCAACAAUACCUGAUGGGAUGACUUUACGAUAUAUUGUAGUCCUGGAGGAUAAAAUCCCUCUUUCUGUCAAAACUGGUGCAAUUGGUUUUUACGGCGGUGGUCUCGGUGCGUUCGGUUGUGCAAUUGCGGCGACAGCUUUCCCUCCGUGUGCCCCUGUAGCUCUCAGCCUUGGGGUAGGACUUGCGCCUUUUGGUUUUGGAAGUGGCGCGUUCUCUUUCCUAUCAACUCUCCAUCUGAUGGCAACUACUCCUGGCAGCCAAACACUGGGAGACCCGAUAUUCUUUCAGCCUGAUAAUAACGAAUGA